AUGGCACGCUGCCGUAACUGUGGCCGUGAAUUUCCUACCAGAACUGGGCUCUCCCUCCAUACUAUCAAUGUACAGGAUCCAAAAUGCAGGCAACCGCCUCUGCACUGCCAAAAUCUUGACGCGCCUUGGAAUCUUGACCCAGACCUGACAUCCCGAUCAGUUACCGGUGAUGACAGCAAGGGCAAAGGUGAUGAAGACGAAUACAGCGAGGGUAAAGAUGUUGAAGACAAUAGUCGCAGCUCACCACAGUACUUCCAAGGCGACUACUUCGGAAAUGAUUAUUCUGCCGCAGAAUUGCUUGGCUGGGGCAAGGGUGCUGCCGCUAACGGUGGCGGUGCUCCUGGAGACCAUGAAGCAGCUGAUGAUAGCACAGCCAAGAAUGGCACAUCAGAAGAUCUACCUGGAGAUGAUGCAGACCUGCUAGAAGAAGUAGGUGAAGUGAACAAAUCCCAAUGGGAGGCCCACCGCCCAUGCACUGCAUUCGAGCCUGAAUUGGAGGGCACAGAAGACGCAGCUAAGACAGCUCUUCCUGCUGUGGACAGGACGCGACGGAGACGCAUGGAAUCAGCUCUGCGAGGCAAGAUCUACAUGACGCCGUUUUUGUCUUUAGUAGCUGGUAGUCCAAUCGACUCUACAAUAGACAGCUCCUCAGGCUAUUGUCAGUACGAGGCAAUGCUUUCAGGGAACAUUGCAGCCAACAGCGUCAGCUAUGCACCUUUCAAGAGUCAGGUCAACUGGGAAGUUGCGCGUUGGGCGAAGCUGCGUGGUUCAGGAUGA